AUGCUUCUUUAUUUCUUUCUUCCAUUUGAUUUCUUCCUUCCUUUCUUUCUUCAAUUUGGUUUCUUUCUUUCUUUCGUUUCAUUUUCAGUUUCAUCUUUGUACUUUCUUUCUGUGAUAGCAUUAUAUGUUUCUUAUAUUUUUCCUUCUAUGUUCUUUUCUCCUGCCUUCUUUCCUAUUUUCUUGUUUUUAUUUUUGUUUUCUUCAUUUUAUCUUAUUUCUUUUACAUUUUUGUUUAUUCUUUCAUUUCUUCCUUCCUUUCAUCCUGUUUUAUUUAUUUAUAUUUCUUUCUUUGCUAAUUUAAUUCUUUGUUUGUGUCUUUCCAUCAAGCACUUAAGUCCAUUAUUUCUUCCUUCAAUUCGUUUCCCAUCUUUUAUGUCCUUUGGUUCCUUCGCAUCCUUUCCCUAUUUCCUCUUAUGUUACUUCAUUUCUUUUCAUAAUACCGCCGCAAUGGCCUCUCUCAUAUCUCAAUCUAAGAUGCAAAAGCAACGACCACCGCUUCAUAUAUCACAAAAAUACCACUAA